CAGAGAAGCAAGGAAACAAAGCAGCUAGCUAUAUAUAUAUAUAUAACCCUGGGUGUCUAAGUUUUUGCUUGCCCCAAUUUUACAUAUAUAUCUAAUUCAAUUCUCCAGGAGGCUGGAAUAUCAGCACAAUGAGCAGUAAAUCAUUAUCACCAGUAGCAGCACUAUUAUCUGUAACAGUUAUUGGGAAUAACAGUACUGGUGUUAUGGAGAAUAACACAAAAGCUGCAACACCAAAGGCUAGUGGUGUUCAUCACCAUCAUCAUCAUGGAUUGGUCAAGAGGAUUCUAAAUAUUGCUCUGGUGUGUGUGGCUGUUACUCUGGCUUCCCUUCUCUUCUACAUCGCUGUCUUCCCCGGCGGCGGACCUAUUUAUGAUCCUUUGUUCUCAGCUAAAUCUCAGGAUCCCUUGGAUGCAGUUCUGAGAAAUGCAUCCAUGAAGGACAAGACCAUAAUCGUCACAACACUGAAUGAUGCGUGGGCAGAACCCAACUCAAUAUUCGAUCUGUUUCUCGAGAGUUUUCGGAUCGGAAACAACACGAAUCGGCUGCUGAAGCAUCUGGUGGUGAUCUGCUUGGACCAAAAGGCAUACUCUCGUUGCUUGGCUCUUCACCCUCACUGCUACCAACUCUACACUCAAGGUGCCAACUUUACCAGCGAGGCAGCUUUCAUGUCCUCCGAUUACUUGCACAUGAUGUGGAGAAGAAUCCAGUUUUUGACUUCUAUUCUCGAAAAAGGAUACAGCUUUGUCUUUACGGAUACUGACAUUAUGUGGCUUAGGGACCCAUUCCCACAAUUCUUCCCAGAUGCAGACUUCCAAAUUGCAUGUGACUACUUCCGAGGCGAUUCUUACGAUGUGAACAACCUUCCGAACGGAGGAUUUACCUAUGUAGUCUCUAAUAAACGGACCACCCAAUUCUACAACUUUUGGUACUUCUCAAGGCAGGCGUAUCCGAAUAAUCACGACCAGGACGUGCUCAACAAGAUCAAAUCUGAUCCGUUCAUCACCAGCAUCGGAUUGAAAAUGAGAUUCUUGGACACCAAAUACUUUGGCGGCUUCUGUCAGCCCAGUAAAGAUUUAAACCUGGUUUGCACAAUGCACGCUAAUUGCUGUGUUGGUCUCGAUAACAAAGUCAAUGACCUCAAAAUUCUGCUUCAAGAUUGGAGAAAUUACGUGGCAUUGCCUCCUUCUCCUUCUUCAUCUUCUUCCGGUCCUACUUCUAAUACCACCACGCCUCCAACAACUAUGCCCUCAUGGACCGUUCCACAGAACUGCAGUACUUCCUUCCAACGCCAACGCCACGGCCGGCACUUGUUGUGACCCGAGAUCGACCACAACUUCUGUAGAUUUGUUUAAAGGUUAAAAGACAAAACGAUUGUGAAGUCCAGCGAUGAAAUUCAUACGAUUAAUUGGUGAUUAACAAUGUCAUCUUGUUAAUGAUUAUCAUGAAAUGACUCAUUUUCCAAUACAAAGGGUAGAUAAUUGAUUUUAGUAAUUCUUAGUUUUUAUACACAAGAUUCUUGUCUGUCAA